AUGAACAGCCACAUUGCUUCGUUUCUCCUCGCCCUCGCCCCUCUGGCCUCGGCCUGGGCUCCUCCUUCGUACUCAGGAUACACGCUACAAUGGAGUGACCAAUUUGCCGGCUCAGCAGGGGCAUCACCCAACUCCAACAACUGGAACAUUAUCGUCGGCAAAUCAACAGUGAAUAACGAGCUAGAGACAUACACCAGUUCCAGCACAAACGUCCAGCUAAGCGGCGGCAACACUCUCCAGUUAGUGCCUUGGGCCGACGGCUCCGUAUCCGGUGGAUGGACUUCAGGCCGUAUCGAGAGCAAAUACGUCUUCACGCCAGCUUCCGGCGCAAUCACUCUCGCCGAGGCUGAUAUCCGAUUCGGCACCAAUGCUAUUUCCCAGAAACAGGGAAUCUGGCCUGCAUUCUGGAUCCUAGGCAACUCGAUCCAUACUGGAACCUCAUGGCCGGAGUGCGGUGAGCUCGACAUUCUCGAAACCAUCGAUGGUCAGUUGACGGGCUAUGGCACUUCCCAUUGCGACGUCAAUCCCGGCGGCAUCUGCAAUGAGCCCAACGGUCUAGGCGCGAGUGUCACCAUCCCGGACCAGUCGUGGCAUACGUGGCGCAUGACCUGGGACCGGACCGCUUCUUCCUGGCAGUCUGAAACGAUUAGCUGGUACAUGGAUGGCAAGCUGUUCCACCAGAUCAGUGGCUCGACGAUUGGUGACGCAAAUGUCUGGGCUUCGCUAUGCCAUGAUCCGCUGUAUUUCAUCCUCAACGUCGCUGUUGGGGGGAGCUGGCCUGGCGACCCUAACUCAAGCACCGUCGGCGGCUAUGGCAGCAUGAUGGAGGUUGGUUAUGUAGCCGUCUACGUUUCUUGA